GAAUUCAAUGCAAAAAUGUUGUAAACAUUGAGUGAAAAAUACAUUCAAAUUACACAACAAAUGCCAAAACAUUUGAAUAAAUAAUAUUUUGUUGUCUUCAGUGUCACACUAAUUGUCACCCAAAUUGGUCACCCAUUGAGUGCAAUCAUGAAAAGUCAUUAUAAGGUUGUAGUGUUGGGCGCCAAACAAACGGGCAAAACAUCAAUAUUGGAUCAAGUGAUCAACGGAUCCAAACACAAGUUCAGCACAAAUUACGAGCCGACCAUUGAAGACAUCUUUGGCGCCGUCAUCGACACUGACAGACAAACCAAAGAGAAGAUCUAUUUAUUUGACUUUUCAGGAAUGAGUGCUCCUCUCAAUAUCGACGCCAUUAAGACAUACUUGGCUUUUGCAGACGCUUUUAUAUUGGUUUACGCCAUAAACGACAAGAACUCGUAUUUGAUUGUCGAUCACAUCAAGAAAGCGAUCGACAGAUAUAAAGAUAAAAGAGAUAUGCCAAUUAUAACAAUUGGCAAUAAAGUGGACCGUUUUCGGGAACGUCAGGUCGAUUGCGACGAAUCUCAAGGUUGGGCACAACGGGAAAAGACACGACUCUUUGAGGUGACGGCCACUGAACGCAAAUCGCUUAUCGAACCGUUUGUCUAUUUGGCCUCAAAGCUGAAUCCACCGCAAAAUAAGACAACAUUUCCUCAAUUACACAGAAAGGGAAAGACCGGCAACAUAUUGGGUUCACUCGAGUUAUGAAUACUAUUAUCAUAAAAGUGGUACCAAAAAAGUGAGGUUUUCUUUUUGAAUCUUAAAAAAGUAUUUUUCUAUUUAUUGUAGACAUUAGAUAUAAAUCUCAAAUCUAUUGCUUAUAUUUUAUACAAAACAUUGUAUUAUUUGUUG